GAGAUUAAAAGAAACUCAAUAUUAUAGUUUGUCUCAAGAGUACGAUAUAUAUAAUUUGAAAGACCAAACCAUAAGCCACAAACAAUCAACUGCAGUUCCAUGGCUAAAACAACUCAUAUAGUAGUAACUUCAAUUCCUGUGUUUAGCCACCAAAGUUCUAUUAUUGAGUUUUGCAAGAGACUAAUUCAUCUCCAUCACCACAUUCAUGUCACUUGCAUCUUCCCCACCAUUGAUGCACCUAUCCCUGCCACCCUCAAAUUACUUGAGUCUCUUCCUUCAUCCAUAAACUGCACUUUCCUCCCUCCAAUAAACAAACAAGACUUGCCACACGAUGUUGUCUUGGAAAUUGAACUCGCGGUGGUUCAAUCCAUGCCAUCUCUUCGUAGCUCGUUGAGGUUACUGUGUUCAACUUCAACAUGCACACCGGUAUCAGCUUUGGUUGUUGAUCCUUUUGCAAGUCAUGCAUUAGAAAUAGCAAAAGACUUAAACCUCUUAUCUUUCGUAUACUUCCCACUUUCUGCCAUGGGAACUUCACUCUUUUUGCAUUUACCGACACUUCAUGAACAAGUUUCAGGUGAAUACAAAGAUCACACCGACCCUAUUCAGAUUCCGGGUUGUAUCCCUAUUCAUGGCCAAGAUCUCCCUCCUGAAUUUUUUCAUGAUCGAUCUAGUCCUGCUUACGGUUUUUUUCUUCUACAUUCCAAGAACUUUUCUCUUGCUCAUGGUUUCUUGGUGAAUAGUUUCUCAAAAAUGGAGGCAAGUACAGCGAGAGCCUUGCAGAAAAUGCACAACAAUAGCACCCAAUUAGUCUAUUUGGUUGGACCAAUCAUACAAAAUGGUUCAAAAAGUAUUGAUGAGUCAAAUGGAUCAGAUUGUUUGAAAUGGUUGGAGAAUCAAACACCAAACACUGUUUUGUAUGUCUCCUUUGGAAGUGCAUGCACUUUAUCUCAACAGCAGAUCAAUGAACUAGCAUUAGGGUUAGAGGUGAGUGGUCAGAAAUUCUUGUGGGUUUUGAGAGAACCUAGUAAUUCUAUUAAUGUAGGAAACCAUAGUGCUACCAAUGAUCAUGACGACCCAUUAAAGUUUUUACCACAAGGGUUCUUAGAGAGAACCAAAGAACAAGGGUUAGUUGUUCCUUUUUGGGCCCCGCAGACUCAAAUCCUAAGCCACAUUUCAACCGGUGGAUUUUUAACACAUUGUGGUUGGAAUUCGACACUGGAGAGUCUUGUGUUCGGAGUGCCAAUGAUAACUUGGCCAUUGUUUUCAGAGCAAAGAAUGAAUGCUAUGUUGUUAGAGGGACUCGGAGUUGGUUUGAAGGUAAGAUUUAAUGAGAUUGGCAUAGCUGAAAGAGAUGAAAUUGCUAAGGUGAUUAGAGAUCUAAUGAUAGGUGAAGAACGAAGUGAGAUUCGACAAAGAAUUGAAGAUCUUAAAGAUGUUGCUGCUGGUGCAUUAGCAGAAGAUGGGUCCUCUACAAUGGCGCUUUCUUUAUUUGGCACUCAAAUGAAAAACUUAUCAUUAUGCAAUGAAAUUUAAUUCAUUGGCUGAGGCUGUGAGUUUAUUUCAAUGUGUUUAUUACAUUUUUUUUCUUCCUUAAUGUUGAUGUUGCACCACAAUGAUACUUGAAGUUGGUUUGUUUUAUUAUAAUUAUUAGGGUUAAUAUGUCUUUACCUCCUUAAUUUGGACGAAUUCCGGUUUAUCCCUUAAAAAAUAAAAGUUUAGAUUCCAACCCUAAAAAAAAUAAAAAUAAUAAUAAUAAUACAGUCAUCACGCCACAUAAUCCGAUAUGCACAGUCAGCAUGCCACAUCAGCUCGUCACGUCAGCAAUUAUGCACAGUCACAUAGGUCAGGGGCUAAAAUCAAAGAAUCUUAAUUUACAGGGUUGGAAUCUAAACUUUUUUUUUUAUAGGAGGGGUAAACCGGAACUCGUCUAAAUUACAGGGGUAAAUACAUAUUAACCCUAAUUAUUAUAAAAUUGUACAAUAAGUUAGUUUAAGGAUUAUGUUUGGUGGACACACCUUUUCCCAUAUUUUCUACCACCUUAUGUGGCAUGUAAUUUCCUUUUUAUUUA